AUGGCUAAGAAACUGAAUUCUUCAAGUUGUGGCUCUGGACAUGAGGUGGAUAUUGUCAAGGACAUCCAGUUGAAUCUCCUGGACUGUAAAGUCUGCUUUAAGGACUUUAACAAAGACUGCAGAGCCCGGCACCUUCUCUGCGGUCACGUCCUAUGUCAGGAAUGUGUUUCGGCCCUGUCCCACCCCGUCCUCAGGAAGCUGGAGUGCCCCUUCUGCAGACAGCUGUGCAGCCUGGACCAAACCUCCAACUGCCAAGUCCUAGCUGACCUGCAGGAGAUGCUGUUGUUGCAUGAAUCCAGGUGUGCAGCACCACCCCAUUGUGCAGAGGGGAGCCUGUGUUUAGAGAGAAGACUGGGGUCGACGCCUGCAGUUUUGGGUGGAUGGGGUACUCUGAUAAAUCCAGUGGGACUUGAUAUAUUAGGGUCAGUUGGAACAAUAGUAAUCGCACAUGAUGGGUUGCGUAGGAUUGUGGUGUUAAGCUCAAAAGGGAAAAUUCUGAACAGUUUUGGAUCAAGAGGAAGAGAAACUAGGGACAUUAGUUACCCAUUGGAUGUGGCUGUAUGCCCUAUGGGUCAUGUGGUAGUAACAGAUGGAGGAGAUAGAGCAGUGAAGAUCUACACAUCCAGAGGAACGCAUAUAAUCACAAUCAAGGCCUCGUUUCAGCUUCCUUGGGGUGUGGACACAGACAAGAGUGGGAACAUAGUUGUAUCAGAUGCCUUGGCUGGCUUUCUUUUUCAAAUAAAAGUGGACUAUAGUAACAGAGUUCGUUUUGACUGUCACAUAGCUGUUUCUAACCUUGAGAAUCCCAAAGCUGUAGCCUGUUGUGCCGUGACUGGAAAUAUUGCAACCAUAGAGCAUUUCAAGAGCAACCAACACACAAGACUAAAUGUAUUUACGAAGGACUUUCAUAUAAUCUAUCAGAACAACAGCUCUAACAUAAGACUACAUUUUGAUGUCUGGAUCCAUGUGUCAGCUGUGACCUUUGACCCCAAUGGUGAUGUAAUUGUGGUGGACAAUAUUCAAGGGACGAUUUGGAGUUUGGGGAAACCUUGGCAUGAGUUUGUUCCUGUACCUCUUCUGAGUGCCAAUCUGAUCAAUCCAGUAGCAUUGACAUGGAUAAACAACAAGCUCAUUAUCCUGGACAGUGGAGACCAUACGGUGAAGAUUUAUAACGCUGUUUGCACCGAGUCGACUACCCAAUAGCCAGUUUCCUACAAGAUCUCUGUGAUGGCUUCUGCGGAAA